AUGCCCCACAAGGGUGGAAAGAAGAAGCAGAGAAGAUAUAAGAAUCCAGAAAAGGAAGAAGACAUCUCACAUGAGAUAGACCCCAGAAAUAUAUCUCGGAACUCUGCAAAUGAGGCUCCUUCCUCUCUUAUCUCAGGAAAACAAAAUGAACAUAAAAAUAAUAAAAACCAUAAUAAGCAUGUGGAAUUGGAAGAAAGUCCAAGUAAAGACUCUACCAACUCCGCCAACACAAGAAGAACCACAUCAAGAAGUUUAUCCAUCUCUCACUCUCUGCAAACACCCUCACAAGGGGAAAACACAUCUACAGUAUUAAGGAACACUUCUACACACAGAGCCUCUCCCUUUGUGGAACGGUUUAUUCAUGGUCAACCCUUCUGUACGAGUGAAAUGCAUAGAAUGAAAACGAAAUCUCCAUACAAUUUUACCCCACCAUCAUAUUAUAGACUACCUGAGUCUAAUCAUGUGCAUAAACUACCACGAUCCAUAUAUGAAAUAGCCCAAUCGGAACAAACCACAAAAAAUAAUAAUAAAGAUAAUAAUAAAGAAAUAAAAACACAUAUCCCACCGCAACAUGUGGAACGAAUACCUGCUGGUAUGAGAAGUGUGAAAAAACGAUUACUGCCAAGUUUCUUAUCUCCAUGGUCUUAUUAUGAAGAAAGUGAUAGUUCGAGUUCUGAUAAGGAGAAGGAGAAUGGUUCAUCAAAGUCUAAUGGUACUGGAUGGAUACCAAGAUUGAUUUCAUUAAUGUUUACACGUGAAGAAUUUGAUGAAGAACCCGUAAACAGUGGUGUAACUCCAGAACAAGUACGUACAUAUAAAUUAGUUGAUCGUAUAGUACCAUCAUUUGCAAAAAGACCAGCUUUUUAUGCUUUGGAUUUUUUAACUCAUCGACGUGUUAUGCUUGUUUUUCUUAUCAUCGCUAUUCUUCUUGGUUAUUAUAAUUUUCAUGAAGAUAUGACAUCUUUUACAGCUUCUUUUAUUGUUGCCGAUAAUGAUCGUCCAGGUCUUCGUUUCUUGGAAAAUCACAGUAUACGUCGUAAACAUCCUGUGAUGAUUAUUCCAGGAUUUAUCUCCACAGCCCUUGAGGUGUGGGAAAGUCAAACCGAAUGUGUAAAAGAUCUUCAUCCAUUUGCAUCUAUUUUUCGUCAACGUAUGUUUGGUCCACAAAUGUUAUUAUUACUCUUAACAGAUCCAGCGUGUUAUAUGCGACUCUUUUCACUGGAUAAGGAAACUGGAUAUGAUCCACCCGGUGUAAAGGUUCGUCCGGAUAUGGGAUUUGGAGCUUCUGACUUUUUCUUACCUGGAUAUUGGGUGUGGGCAAAGGUAUUAUUAAAUCUCGCUGAUAUUGGCUACGAUCCACAAAGUAUGAGUGUCUUCUCCUAUGAUUGGAGACUCUCUCCACGACGAAUGCAUAAACGAGAUGGAUAUUAUUACUAUCUACGUUAUCAUCUUCUCUAUUUAUAUGAUAAGAAUAAAGAUCGUGUGGUUCUUAUUUCUCAUAGUUAUGGUACCAGUGUUAUUCUUGACUUCUUUAAUUGGAUGGAGGAACGUGAACCGGGUUGGGUGGAUAAAUAUGUGGCCUAUUGGAUUAACAUUGGCGGCCCGGUGUUGGGACUUCCAAAAAGUGUUUCCGCCCUUCUCACCGGUGAUGCGAAAGACACCGUCACACUUCCAAGUGCCGUUCGUCAGGCAUUCGAUACACACUUUUCACGAGAUCUUCGCACAGAAGUCAUUCGCACAUGGUCCUGUCAAACCGCAAUGCAUCCAUUUGGAUGUGAUGCCGCACAUGAAGAUUUAUUAACGUUUUCAAAUGGAACUCGUUUAUCUGCAAAAGAGACAUUUAAAUUAACGGCACAACGUCUUCGUGAAAGUGGACAUAAGGCAUUAAAAGAAGAGGCGGAGGAACAUAUUGCCCACUUUGGGAAACUUCCGUCACUUCCACCCACAACCAACACCACCGUCUUUUGUCUCUACGGUGUGGAUAAGUUAACAGAGAUUGGAUAUGUACUUUCAGAGGAUAAUACGAUUAAUCUCACGUAUCAAGAACAAAAACGGACUGUGAAUGGUGUGGUGCUUGGCAAUGGGGAUGGUACUGUGCCACUGCUUUCAUUGGGAUAUAUGUGCCGUGCGGAGAAUGGAUGGAAACGUAAUACUGGCCGUGUAGUAACGCGUGAAUAUAAAGAUAUCACUGUAAACUCAUUAGGUAUUCGUGGAGGGGCGGCAAGUGGAGAUCAUGUGGAUAUUCUUGGGAAUCAUGAACUUAUUGAGACAAUUCUUAAAAUAGUCUCUGGUAAUGCAGAAGAAGGGGAAGUGGAUGAUCGCAUCUAUUCAGAUAUUGAUGAACGUAUUGCGAAGAUGAAGGAUUGUACAAGUGAGAAGAGUUAG